AUGAAAUUCUCAAACCUAACUAAUAUCACUCCUACAGAAAGACUAUUUAAUCCAAUAUCAGAGUCUACACACACAUCUUCACAAUCAAAUAAUUCUCAAUUUUUGCAGCUUCCUAAUAAACGAGACCCAAAACUGUUAUUUAAUGAGGUGAAAAAAAGCCCUACUCACAGAAGCACAUAUUCCAUGGAUGAAUUUUCAUUAAAGCCACCACUCUCAAACCACCCGAAGCCAAGCCAUAAGCGUACUAUUUCUGGAACACAGGCUUAUUUUUCGGCAUUAUCUAAUAAAAUUCCAGAAGUAGAAGUAGACGGCAGCCAGAAAAUCAAAUCAAUUUUAAAGGCAGCAAAAUAUAGUGAAGAAAUGAGCCUACCAAUUUUGAAUGAAAUAGAAGAAAAGAUUGACGAGCCUCGACUUAUAAGCCAAGAAAGCGAAGACGAGUCAAACUCUAAUCGUGGAAUCCAAGAAUUCCAAGAUAUGAUUGACAUUAUCGAACAAAAUGACGAAUUCACCAAAAAUAGCAAACAAGAAAAUUUGAGAAAAUUAAAAAACUCAUUGCUAGAAAGAAUCAAUAGCAAAAUGGGAAGUUUUGAAUCAGAUUUAUUCAUUAAAGAAGACAUGAUAAGUACGGCGAGGUUAUCAGAUUUGCUGCUAGGAAGCAUCACGUCAAGUAAAACACAGAACGGUCCAGGAAGCUUUUUUAUGCAGGAUAUUCCUGAUUGCUCUUAUAUACCUGAGAUCAAUUUUCAAGAGCAAGAAGACAGUGUGAUUUUUAAGCCGAAACCAAGCAAAGGGCAUAACAGAAGGAAAAGCGAAAAUAUUAUAAUGUAA